AGGGCAGAGCCUGUCGUCUCCAUGAGUCAUCGGGCGCCAAACAUGAACCAUGAAGCUGCAAUGCUAGGAACCAAUCAACCCAAGAGCCCGGACCCCAUCGCAGACAAGACACGUGCUGCAGUUGAAAAACUGGCUACAGCAUGUGGACUCUCUGCUAACAACAACAAAAAAAACACCAGCACCACUCAAACAGUAGCCAACAAACUGGCUCCAGCCUAUGCAGCAGUGUCGGACGCAACUCACAACAUUAACGCCAACACGAUCUCAAACACUACCCACGCUGUCGCGGACAAACUGGCCCCAGCCUACGCUGCAGUGUCGGGCGCAACCCACACUGGUGCCAGCAUGAUCACAAGCACCAGCCACGCUGUCGCUGACAAGCUGGGACCGGCCUGCACGGUCGUGUCUGAUGCAACACAGCAGAUUGCUAGCAAGAUAGCCAACAUUGUUGUUGCAUCUCCGGGAGCAAAACCUUCUCAGGAAGCGAAAGCGGAGUUAGUGAGUGAAGAUGCAGGAAACGUGAAGCAAGGCUCGACCGGGAGUCCUCAAACAUACGACAAAGGAGUUUCCGUGAAGGAGUAUUUCUUGAGCAAGCUGGAGCCUGGAGAUGACGAAAGAGCACUCUCACAGGCUAUAACAGAGGCCAUUAGUCCCAGGAAGAGCAACGGGGAGACGGGCAUGGUGGAUUUGGUGAAAGAGGCCGUCUCUUCGUUUUUCAGACAGGAGGAGGCCUCCCACCACCCAACAGAACCAUCUGCAGGCUUGAUUGCCGAUGCCCCUGUCUCCUUGGAAGUUGAAACAGUUGCUGCGCUCGACGCUUCAAACAGUCCAACAGAGGUUCAGCUGAAACGCACUGCUUCGGUCCGCGCAGGAAGACACGCAUCUCCUGUUGCUCUUGGCACUUCAGUCAUUACAGCAAAUCCUCAACUGAACCGCAUUGCCACAAUCCACACAGAAAGGCCUUCAAUCACUAAAGCAAGUCCUCAACUGAACCGCGCUGCUUCAGUCCAUGUUCGUUCUACCAAAGUUUUCACAAACAGUGCCAACAGCUCCUCACCUGUUGUCCCAGUGUCCAGCAAUGUUCAUGAAGUUUAUGAGGAAGAAAACAAUGGAAGGAUUCUCCAAACCAACUGAAGAUUCAUUCAUAUGCAGCAAAUGGCAUGGUUUGCUCUUGGAGUGUGCAGAGCAGAACUCAAUCACAUUUCUUAGUCAGCACCAAGUUUUAGGAGUUAUUGAUUAAUGUAGCUAAUUAGAAAGAGAAAGAGUGAGUGUAAGUAUUAAAUGGAGAGAAAGAUAGUUGAAUAUUUAAUUGAAAAGAGAAG